UAUGUUUGGGGAGACCAUAAAUUUAUUGUCCCCCAAAUGUCCUAUAUAUGUGCUUUUUCUUAUAUAUCAUUCUCACACCCACUACUAACUCACCAUCACAAAAAUGAAAAUUCACUUCAUCUUCUUGCUCUUCUCACUCUCUUUUUUCCAUGGUUCUGUAGUAACCAUUGGCAACGAAGGAAUCACUGAAACACAAGAAUAUUCUUUCAAACAAAAGACAAACCCUUUCAGUCCCAAAGCCUCACUCAUUCGUUACUGGAACACAAAAAUCUCUAACAAACUUCCAAAUCCAAUCCCUAAUUUCUUUCUCUCUAAAGCUUCCCCUCUCACACCACAACACUACGCCAAUUUAGUAAAUCUACUCAAACAAGAGCCCUUAUCUGCAAAUUUCCAUAAUUCCCUCUGCUCCACACCAUACUUAUUCUGCUCCUUCGACCACCCAAGCCAAUAUUACCAAUCCAAAAAAUCCACCACCAAGAAUGAUGCCAACUUCGCACUCUACUCAAACAAAAAAUUCGCAACUUAUGGUUCGUCUCGACUCGGUGGAGUCGACUCGUUCAAAAACUAUUCAAACGGGUUAAACACAAACAACGAUUCGUUCAAAAAAUACAGCACAACCUCAACUCGCCAUAGCGGACAAUUCAACAGCUACGCAGAAAACGGCAAUGUAGCUAACACAAACUUCACCAGCUACAGUUCCGGUUCAUCUUCCGGCACCGGCGAAUUCAAAAGCUACGAUAAACUCGUCAAUGAUCCAAACCUAGGUUUCACCACCUACGACUCCUCUGCUAGCAACCACAAACUCUCCUUCGCAAGCUACGGCAACGAAACAAAUUCCGGAUCAGAAUCAUUCAACAGCUACGGCAAACGCGUCCGCAGCGGCAACAGCGAUUUCACCAAUUACGCUGUGAGUUCCAACAUUCUUCAAUCAUCUUUCACCGGUUACGGUGAACUCGGAACUGGAUCCGCCAAUGAUUCUUUCACAUCGUACAGUUUCAACGGUAAUAAUCCCCGGAGCACUUUCAAAACCUACGGCGCCGGUUCUAUUUCAGGCUCCGAUACAUUCGUCAGUUACCGGAAUCGCGCCAACGUCGGCGAUGAUUCAUUUCAAAGCUACGGUUCAAAAUCUAAAUCCGGCGCCGCCUCAUUCACGAACUACGGGCAAUCGUUUAACGAAGGAAACGACACUUUCACUGAAUAUGGAAAAGGUGCCACUGGUAAAACCGCGAUUGGAUUCAAAAUUUACGGAUUGGGACGCGCGUUCAAAGGCUACAACAAAAACGGCGUGUCGUUUUCUAGCUACAACAAUUUCACUACAUCCAGUGGCAAAACCGUGAAUAAGUUCGUUGAGAGGGGUAAAUUUUUCAGAGAGUCAAUGUUGAAAGAAGGAAAUGUAAUGGUCAUGCCAGAUAUUAGAGAUAAAAUGCCUGAAAGGUCGUUUUUACCCCUAUCUAUUUCUUCGAAAUUACCAUUUUCAUCCUUGAUGUUGGAGGAUAUAAAGAAAACCUUCCACGCGCGGGAGGGUUCAGCGACAGCGCGCGUGAUUAAAAACGCGCUUGGAGAGUGCGAGAGGGCUCCUAGCGUGGGUGAGACAAAACGGUGCGUUGGAUCCGCUGAGGCUAUGGUUGAUUUUGCGGUUUCUGUAUUGGGUCCCAAUGUGGUUGUGAAAACAACUGAGAAUGUGAAUGGGUCAAAAAACAGUGUGAUGAUUGGAAAAGUCUACGGAAUCAACGGUGGAAAAGUGACUAAAUCGGUUUCAUGUCAUCAAACUCUGUACCCUUACUUAUUGUAUUAUUGUCACUCUGUCCCCAAAGUGAGAGUUUAUGAAGCUGAAAUUCUUGACUUGGAAACUAAGUUAAAGAUUAAUCAUGGUGUUGCCAUCUGUCAUAUUGACACGUCAUCAUGGGGCCCAGAGCAUGGUGCUUUCAUAGCUUUGGGGUCGGAACCUGGAAAAAUUGAGGUUUGCCAUUGGAUUUUCGAGAAUGAUAUGACGUGGACCAUUGCUAGUUGAAGAAGGAAAUAUUUUCUUCGGUUUUUUCAGUUAGUAUAAGAAUACAAGGAUUUCAUAGUAUCAUGUGUAACCACGAUGUUGUUGUUGUUUUUUUGUUUUGUUUUUGGAAUUCUUAUGAUUCUACCUUGUGUCGUGUUCUAGAGUGGUUUGAAUCUCAGACUAGGCGUGACUCAAUGAUAUAGCUUAUGGCUUUAAAAUAUUAUUAUUUUAAAUUUCUUUUGCAUUUGUGUGAAAUUGAAUAUUCUCAUUUUGGUU